AUGACAGCAUCAGACAGCGACACCGUCAAUACUCGUCCACGCCGCAAGAAGAACUUCGUCGGAGCGCCAGCCUCCGGCACUGCUCCAGCUGCAUCAUCAAGCACUCCGUCAAUUUUGACAUCAGCCGAGGUGAAUGCCUCGGUAAGCCCAGCGAGGUCUUGGGCAUCGUAUUCCGAGGAUGAAGAUGACUUCCCCAACGAGGGUAGUCAAGCUCGCCCAGUUCUCGGUCGCGAGGCUCGAGAUAGAAAUUCUGCAGUCAGAGAAGCCCAAGAAGAGCAAGAACCAUCUUAUACGGAUUGCAUGGACACCAUCAAUGCUACCAUAGCAAAAGUCAAGAACAAGGCGAAUCGGACGCUAAACAACGGCGAAGAACAGGCCAUAUUUUCGGCCUUUCAGCAUAUGAACAAGCUCUACAUAAGGGUUUUGGAGGAGAAUCGUAAGCUGAGGAAAAGAAUUGAUGACCACCGCUGCGAACAGGGGGGUCACCCUGGACCAACCAGGGUUGUCGAGCGCAUGGCCCCACUCCCAAAGCCCACCUACAGGGAGGCCCUUCAAGGUGUCGCUAGCAACACCGAGAAGAUGGCUGACCAACCGGUAGUGUACAUAUCCAUGACUGAAGAAGAGGACAAGACCGGCAAAAUAAAGGAGAUCAAGACACACAUAGCCGGUAGUAAGGUCGAGAAAAUUUUCUCCACUAAGAAAGGAGUGGCUAUUCGCUGCCACUCGGAUGAGGAUGCAGGGGCGGUCAUCACGUCCUUACAGACGAAAGGACUCCAAGGAAAUCGCAAACCACCUCUUCUCCCAGAGGUCUGGUUGUCCUACGGUACCGAGGAUAUACGGGAGAAUGAUUCUAGUCGCUCGUCUAUUGAGGCUACAGAGGUUGUUGGAAGGCUGCUCGAUGCUCUUGAGAGCACUACACUCGGCAACGCUAAGGUGGUUAUUGGUAUGGACUCCAACGCACACCAUAAAUCAUGGGGAAUAAUGCCACAUGCUGUGGGAGGGAAUACCCAAGCGAAGACCCGCGGUCGUGCCCUACACGACUUCAUUACUGAAAGGUCCCUGGUGCUGAGAAAUAUCCGCUCUGAUCCCCUCACCCCCACCUUCAUAUCUCGGAAGACGGACUUGGAGAGCUCGGAUUAUCCUCAUCAUCGCACCGACUGGAAGAAAUACAAAGAAGCUACGAGCCGGAUGCUUGAUUCAUCGUGGGCUUACCCUCCCCCAGGGACACGUCCCGAGGUGGCAGUAGCUACACUCCUCGAGCAUAUAACAUUGGGCUUGGUGGAAGCUGCCCAGGCGGCCACCCCGAAAAAGGCCUCCAGGAUGGACACUGAGAGAGACACAGGAGGGAGAAAGCGGCGCCAAGGAGCGAAGCCAAGAAACUGCUGGUGGGACGCAGAGUUGAGGGAAGUGAGAAGGAAAUUGAACCAGGUUAAGAGAUCUCCUCGGGCAACCAGGGACGAUAUCGUAGCGGCACGCAGACAGUAUAAGGCACUACUCAGAUCGAAGAAGACUAGAGCCUACCAUGACUUCCUAGACUCCCUGGGAAAUGCCGAGUCCGCUGAAGAAGUCUACAAGCGUAUCAAGACUAAGAACACGACGAGCUGUCUGGUCCUACUAGCAGGGGAUGCAUGCCCGGCCAGCACAUGCUCGCGCCUCGCAGACCAGUACAUCGGAGGCACCCCGGCAACCCCCAGGAAUAUGGUGCAGACAGAGUACAGGUUAACCAGGUCUCCAGACCCUCAUGACAACUCUACCUUCCUCCAUGAUGGCGUUGUAUCUCCAAUAUCCGCUGAUGAGAUUGAGCGUUCUUUGCAAGCAGCACAGAUUGACGUCAAGAGUGCGUUCUGCCAAGUGGGACACGAAGCAAUUGUGGAGGGACUGAGGAAGGCUGGGGCACCCAAAGAGAUACUUGCCUUUGCGGAUGAUGUCACUGUAAUGGUAGCCUUCAAACGCAAGGUCAAAAUCCCGGUCGUAACGAUCCGUGGUAUUUGUGAAGCAAGUCUUCGAGACGCCCUCCGGCCUACGAAGCUGGAGAUGGAUCCAGCCAAAUCUCAGUCCCUUUCCAGUAUGGGUCUACAGUAUGAGAGGAAUAGCAUAGAGAUGAAGAUGUUAGGAGUGUGGAUUACUCGCAGCGGUUCGUGGAAGAAGCACAUCAUAGAGAGAGUAGACAAAGCCAAAAAGAUUGGAUUUGCCCUAGCAAGAUAUGCAAGAAGAUCCUUCGGGGUGAAGCCCUCUUGCAUAGUUGAUCUGUACCACAGGAUCAUGCUCCCAACGGUAGGCUUUUCCAUAGAACUUUGGGGUCCAGCUCUAGCAAACGCCAGCUACAAGCGUAUUGUUGACCAGCUAGGAAAUCUCGUAUUGCGGGUCGCUUUUCGUUUGGGGAAGAGCUUCCCACAGCAUCUGGCCAGAACCCUCGCUAGCCUCGAGCCGACAUCGGUGGCGCUCACAAACAUCGCGGUAGAGAGAUACCUGCAUAAAGAAACCCGACUAGGGCCAGGGAACAACGUGUUGCAGAGGAAAUGGGAGGAAGAGCUACGGGCACGAGGUCUAAACUUGAGCGCCAGGUACGAGCGAGUGGGUAGUAUUAGGGCCCAUGACAUGGGAGGAGCGGAGGUGAUCAUAAAAGAGAAAAGUGAGGCUAUAAAGCUCGAACAGUCUCUCAGAGAAGGGGUCAGGGUGUACACAGACGGAUCUCGCAAGGAUCCUGACGAAGCUGGAACCUGCUCAGUUGGUGCGGCAGCGAUUAUAUACAAACACAGCAAUAAAGAGGCCCAUCGUUUCCGGCUGCCACCUUUCGCAACCAUUUAUCAAGCGGAGCAAUAUGCUAUAAUUGGAGCGUUGGAAGCCCUCAAGAAAGACAAAGAGGUGGCAGACGGAAGUAGAGUUCUCUUUUUCUCGGACUGUAGGUCAGUGCUGCAACGCAUACUCGGGGGAGGAGGGGAUCACUGGUCAAACAGGAUCUUGGAGAUAGCAAGCUCUAUGAGAGUUGAGGGUAUCACCUGCUGCUUCAUAUGGAUCCCAUCGCACCAGCAAGACGGUACCAUUCCUGGGAAUGAGGAAGCCGAUCUUGAAGCAAACAGAGCGAGACUGUUGGAGCUGGAUGGCGUUGUUUCGGAUUUCCCGAUACCCAUCGCACAUACGAAAGGCUUGCUGAACAAUUACGCGAGAGCUCAGGUAGUCCGGGAGGCUGCGAGCAUCUCAAACCCAGAGCUCAGGGCUAUGCUGAGUUCCCGCAGACAACGGGGUAUUGUCGAGAGGCAGCUAAGAUCCUAUAAGGAUGGUAGUGUCCUCAACUUACUGGCGGGACAUUCGAAGAUCCUGCGUUCCUAUCUGGCCAAGAUUAAACCGGAUGCCUAUGAUCCCCUUUGUCAGACAUGCGGGGUCACGCACAACUUGGUUCAUGAGGAUCGGCCGCCGUGGUUUGUGGGUGGCCUGGGGUCUGUCUCUAUCACCUCGGCUCGCUUCCGAGACUUCAUAAAGUUCCUUGAAGUAAUCGUCAACAAAGCGGACUCGGACAAUUCUCAAAUAGCCUCAUAG